AUGAGUUCGCUUGGCUCCAAUAGCCACCAGUUUUGGGUCUGGGUGGGCGUCGAGCCAGUCGACGACGUCGUCAAACGACGUGCCGUCGGCAAGCGAGGUCGCGGUCACGCUCAAACUGAGGUACCAUUGCUUGGUGCCGUGGGAAAGAAGGCCGACGAUGGCUUUGAUUUCCAAAAACGACGGCACCGUCUCGAACGCCAGCAGAUCGACGUACGGCGACUUUUCCAGCGCGUCCAGGCGUCCACGGUGGAAUUUUUGCAGUGUUCCCAUGGUAACGGUACCGUAAUUGCCCGUAUAUUCCUCGCCGUUUGCGAGAAAUGCGCCAUAUGGCCCAAUGGAUCCGGCGAUCUGCACCCGAGACCCACGAGAGCCCGAUUUGGCCGCAUCGCGACACAGCUCAAUGGCUCUGGCGUACACCGUGCCCGGAUCAAGUCCCUGCUGCCGCAAGUUGUCGUCGCACAGCUGGUAGGUGGCUGUGAGCAAGAUGUCAACUCCACUGGCCACAUAGUCCGCGUGCACCUGCCGAACCUUGUCAGGCACCUCAACAAGCGCCCUGCCCGACCACAGGCCGCCCGACACGUCGACUCCGCGCUUCUCAAGCUCUGUUCCAAGGGCCCCGUCAAGAAGUAA